AUGCUGUUGCUCGCAUCCCUGUUGCUCGCAUCCCUCUCGACACCGAGAUGCACCCUCACGAGUCGUGCCUCGAUCGCCAUGCGCCUCGACGGCUCCGGCCAGCCUUUUGACGAGGAGCAGCGUCGGAGCGAGCUAUUUGAUCUCUACCACGUGCCCGACAGCGUGGUUGUGUCAGAUGGCGUUGCCGCUGCCGUUGAUGUGGCUCCGGCAAAGCGCAUCGAUGCGGCUCCCGCGAAGCGUCUGAUCGACCUCUUCCCCGAGGCCAGCGACAGCGCGGAAGACAGCGAGCGGCUGCUCGGGCGCGUGCUGGGCGGGCUGAAGCGGCGGCUGAGCCGGCGCAAGGACGCCGAGACGCUUCUCCGGCUCGAGGCGCUGCUCGAGGCGCUCGACCGUGUGUGGCGCCGCGACGCGCUGCGCGCCCUCGAGGCGCUCGAGAAGGCGCCGGCGCAGCUCGAGGCGGAGGUGCGGCGGCAGAGGCUCGCGGGGCUCCAGGCGGAGCUGGCCACCCUCGGGCUGCAGUCGCGCCGGCCGGCGGCUAUCACGCAGGCGGAGCUGCGGCGUGCUCGCGUGGCGCGGGCGCGCGAGAUCCACCCGGACCUGAGGCGAGGCCGCGAGGCGGCGGGCGCGGGCAGGCGGGGGCUCUUCGGGCGAGGCAGAGGCGCGCGCAAGGGGGCGGGGGAGGGGCGGGCUCAGGGGUCGUCCUUGGCGGAGGGCGGGGAGCAGGGGAGGGAGCGGGAGGACCAGGACCGGAUGAGCGCGCUAAACGCGGCGUACGAGCGGGUCCGGCGCGCGCUGAAGGCGCCCGUGUACGACUGGCGCACGUAG